UAGAUAAGAAUCAUCGUAUCAUUGGCGCCUGAGCUGAGCGAUGAAAACAAACUUCUACGAGGCGAUAACAGUCGUGUUCGAUAGGGACUAUUGUUUGAACAAGAUAAAAAUUUUAAAUACAAUUAACGAUUAUUAUUAUUGUUUUAUAUGACCAAUGGCCGGAACCUACCAUGUUGCAAUGGAGAAGUCCGCAUGCGGUUGUUGUUGAACGGGCUAACUACUUGCUGUGCGUUGCUCGUUAUGUGCGUAUAUGUGGUGGGCGGUGUUUGAAUCGAUAAAAAAUCACUUUGCCCCUUCUGUUGGGACGCCCUGUGCAUAAGCCGGUAACUCUAAAAAUGUUUGAAAGACUCUUUUUCGGUCUUAUUGGAUUAUCGAGCGACAUCAUUCAGGCGGAUUCAAAGGGACGUCUAGCUUUAAUGCCCGACUAUGGUGGAUCGAACGAUGUUCAGCUGGUUGACGAACUUCUCGAGUUGGGGACGACAUAUAAAUACCUCAGUCAAUUUAUUGAUGAGAUUAAAGAAAAAAAUCCAUAUACUUUAGGAACAGGGAUGUACAUUCGGGCGCUAGCGGAUGGACUUUCGGAAGUUUUAUGCGAAUACCGGAAAUGUGUAGUGCAAUUCGAAGAUUAUUUCCUGUCACACCCGAUGGCCACGUUGUCCGAACUGCGCAACGACCUGUCGGAGUGGUUUCCUGUUUUUCUAGCUCUUCGAAGUCGUAUUUAUCGCGUUCAUAUCGAACGAAUGCAUGGAUGUCAUUUGCUACGCUACAUGUUCGGCGAGAUGAGAGCAUGUGGUCAGGAAAAUGUGUGCAAACGUCUUAGCGUACUCGUGGCACGCUUAAACGAUGUGCUUUUCGACCAACUUACUUCAUGGCUUCUUUAUGGAAUAUUGAAAGAUCCACACACCGAAUUCUUCAUACGGCCUACACAAGAUGGCGUUGAGGUUGUUGAUGACUUUGUUCCGCUCUAUUUAUCUGAGCAUGCGACAAUCGUCAAACAGGUCGGUGGAAUUGUUGCAAAAUUCAACGAACGAGGAUACUUUGAACGUUCAAUUUAUGGCGAAAAGGAAGCGGAAUAUGCAAACGCAUUACAGGCCGCGCGGACGGACCUCGACUCACUUGCAACGGUUCUGGCAUCCUUAAACGCGUUCACCUCAGAUCACUUGUGGGAGCAGCUAGUUGUGCGACAUCGCCUUGAAUAUCAUUUAGAUGCCCUGUUGAAUACCGUAUUUAUGGGUCGAGGGGAUCUCUUUCUACAGUGGAUAGAUAAGGUUCAACCACAAUUCGUUUUGCCGUUUGAAGAUUCACAUUUAACAUUAGCCGCAGAGUGUCUAAAGAACUGCUUUUAUCAAGCGUAUCCUGAUGAAGAUGCUGAAUUUAUUGAGCGUAUACACUUUGUCACUAGCAAGGGUAACGUCGAUUGUGUUAACACAGAUACCUGGGCCAUCCUUAUGCUUGUUUACGAUCUGCCCAGCGAUUUGCAUUGCCUACUAUCGUUAAGGGAGCUUCGCUCUCUUGGUUAUGCGUUCCAAAUGCUGCUUGCCGUUCGGCGCGCUGAAAUUGCCCUCAACUCAACGCUUGGCUCAAAGGUGACGGCGCAAGCAAUGAAACUUCGCUAUGAAAUGGAUUUCUUCGUGUCAAAUUUUGAAAGCUAUCUGCACAUGGACGUACUCCACGUUAGUUUCGGUAAACUAAAGAAAGUUCUACACGGCUCACAGAGGAGCAUCGACACUUUGCGAAAGGCACUGGCAGCAUUUGUUCAAGACAUUGCGCAAAUGGUGUUUGUCAGCUUGCCGAAAUUCAAAGAGACUCUCCUGAAAAUGUUUCAAACAUGCAUCCGGUUUCCUUUGUACAUCAACGGUGAUUUGAGGACUAUCGAACAAGAGUUCCGCUCCCAGCAGGACAUUUUGCGUCGCUGCUUUAACGUACUUCAAGAUCACGCAGCCGCACAGCAAGCCGAAAAACGGAAUGAGUGCAUCAUGAGGUUCCUCUACAGGCUCGACUACAAUCCGCAGUACCAGCAGACACGUAAAGAGAUGAAAGCUCUGCGAGAGAAACUUCGAAACUCCUCAGCCAGUGCGUCUAAAGAACAAGUUUCCGAUGGCAGGAUCCCUUGACUCUUAAAUAAUAUUUGGAAAGUUUAUGACCAUUUGGAUAGGAUCAUUUUCAUCAGUAUGCAAGUGUAACGCAAUAAGCAUAGUUCUCACAAGGCAUGUUAUAAAAAAAACUAUAUAAAAUAAUGUAUAUAUCACGCGGAAGAAUCUAGUACUCUGGUGUUGCCAACUUUUGAUUUAUUUAAUCCUUGUAAAAAGUGAAACCAGAUGUUGUUGUUGUGAUACAGCGCUAUUUGUCGUUAUUUCUGUAAGAGUUCCAAGGUUUACUGAUUUCGAUUUAUGAAUAAACAGGUAAUUUUAUUAGACAAUAAAAUGUUUUUGAAAUAAACAUUUUACUAGACUCAUC